AUGACCCACCAAACACAUGCAUACCACAUAGUAAACCCAAGCCCAUGACCACUUACCGGAGCCCUAUCAGCCCUUUUAAUAACAUCAGGCCUAACUAUAUGAUUCCACUUUAACUCUAUACUCUUACUAUCUCUAGGACUAUUAACCAAUACUUUGACAAUAUACCAAUGGUGACGAGACAUUAUUCGAGAGAGCACUUUCCAAGGCCACCACACAUCAGUUGUCCAAAAAGGCUUACGAUACGGUAUAAUUUUAUUUAUUAUUUCCGAGGUUCUGUUCUUCACUGGAUUCUUUUGAGCUUUCUACCACUCAAGCCUAGCACCAACACCCGAAUUAGGAGGUUGCUGACCACCAACAGGAAUUCACCCACUAAACCCCCUAGAAGUACCCCUACUAAACACCUCAAUCCUCCUCGCCUCAGGAGUAUCCAUUACCUGAGCCCAUCACAGCCUAAUAGAAGGGGACCGAAAACACAUAAUCCAAGCACUAUCCAUCACCAUUGCACUAGGCGUAUACUUCACCCUCCUCCAAGCCUCAGAAUAUUACGAAGCACCAUUCACAAUCUCCGACGGAGUGUAUGGAUCCACUUUCUUUGUGGCUACAGGGUUUCACGGGUUGCACGUAAUCAUCGGAUCUACUUUCCUAGCAGUAUGCUUACUACGACAACUAAAAUUCCACUUCACAUCCAACCACCACUUCGGCUUUGAAGCCGCAGCCUGAUACUGACACUUCGUAGAUGUAGUUUGACUAUUCCUUUACGUAUCAAUCUAUUGAUGAGGAUCCU